AAGGUUAAAAACUACCACAAGAGUUCUUUCUUCUUUCUGCAACGCGAUUCUUCAUUUUUUUCGUUGAAUUUCAUAAUGAAUUACUUGAGUAGAGUUCCUCGAAAUGUUUCUGCUUUAGCUUCCGAAGCAGCUUCAGAAGAGAGUGCGAAGUACUAGACGAGACGAGUUCUCCCAGAGAGUAUAAAGUUGUAGUUGAAUGAAGAAACGUUGAGAAAAUAUAUAAGAUGCUCCCCACUCCCCUCACUUCCGACCGGUUUCCGGCUUCGUAUCUGGAUAAGCCGAAGUCCGCCUCGCCGACGCCGAUUGAUGAAAACGAUGUAUUGGAAGAUUCGUCGUUUUCCCCUGACUACAUCGCGGAUAGCGAUAACAAGAACGGCGAGCAGCUGCACCUCCAAAAAAACGCCGCUCUCACUGCGGAUUCUUUCCAGUCCCCCGUUGCGACCCAGCGCGACCUGGAAUACCACAGUGGCGGCGAGAAUAAAGCCGCGGCGUUGCCGUUGGACGAGGUCUACCACAGAAGUGGUGGUGCUGAUGGUCGUGUUCUCGCGACGACGCCGGAAGGUGGAGGUGAAGAUGCUGUUUUUCCACCACGACCAGGAGAAGGGGAGGCAUUUAGUCCAUCUCCACCAACAGGUGAGAAGAACAACGACCGUAGUCAACAGGAACAGCUUGUUUUGCAUCAGCAGCAACACCCCGGACAUUCGGUGAUUGAGAACAAAGAAUACGAUCCGAAUUCGAGCUCUUAUGAAGACGGUCGUAUGAACUGCAAAAGUAUCGUGCCAUGGUGCAUUACAAAUCUCUCUGCUAAAGGCAAAUCAGCAUUACAAAUUCCAUUUGUAGUCACGCUGACCAAAUUUGUGAUGCGCUUUCUACUAGUGUGAUACUUUUGCAAUGCAUAGCUCGCAUCAACCUGCAAAACUCCUCCACCACCGGCGGUUUACUAGGCUCCUUCCGCACUUCUAACGCAAAUGAAAAAGUAGACGUUGACAAUUCCACACGGAAGAUCGUGCACGCGCAGGAGGAGGAAAUCGCGGAAUUGAGAACGAUAUGCAUUGCAAAAGCACCGUACUAGAAUAAGUUGCAUCACAAAUUCCCUCAGCAUUGGGAAUGGAAUUUGUCAUGCUGUUGUACCUUAGGAUGAAGAUUUGUGAUGCAUGUUUGCAAUUAGUACGAGUGCGAUGCUUUUGCAAUUCAUAAACGCGAAUUUUGAAAUUAGAAACCGCAUUGAAAAUCUCCGAGGAAGAAAAUAAACAGAAAGCUGAUAUUUUGUCUGCUGCAGCUUCGGUUGCAGAUCUUUCCCAACACGAGUCCGGCUCCGGACGUUCGGAGGAGAGUAAACCGGAAGUCUUUCCCACCAGCUUGCGGAAUCAGCAUAGUGCUGGUACAUCGAAACUGACGUCGAAAGCAGGGGCGCAGGCACAGCAACAGCACCCCUCUGCAUCUUCGCGAGGACUGCAUCAACCCGAGGGAGAAGCAGUGGGUCCCGAACGACAGGACGGCGAGGAUCACGUAUUGAGCAGCAGAACAAGCGGCCGCGGCAGUAAAAAUUCUGAUAAACCGAUCUACGGAAACAUUGCAGAAUCCAACCGAAUCGAAAUGCGGAGCAGCGAAUUAGAAGUGGAAGACAACUACAACAAAAAUACAGACGGAGCUUCCCCCAAGCAGAAAUACCAGGAGAUCGAGCAGUUCUCCUUUACCUACCGCGUUUCCUGGUUGAUCGGCUUGCUGUUGUUCCAAUCCUCAGGGAGUUUCAUCCUUUCCAACUUCUCUACCCUGCUCCAAAAGCACCCGUCGAUUGUGUAUUUUAGCACCAUGUUGGUCGGCGCGGGCGGGAAUGCAGGCGGUCAAUCUGUCGUGUACGUGGUCCGACGGCUGGCGACGGGGAAAAAGAUCCGGAACUGGGAUUUGGCAAAGACCGCGGUUGGCCUGUAUCCUGAGGAAAAACGUUCCUCCCCCAUAGUUGUCAUGCAAAUCUGCAUGCUCAAAAUGUGUCUCAUGCGGAACCCCAUGACAAGUAUGCUCUAGGUCUAGUCGUGAAGAUCUGGAAUUUCUAAUGCUCCAAUCAGCAUCACAGGCUGGAUCUGUGAUACUGCUGAACAAGCUAACCAGGAUUACAAUACGAGGCCAAACUUGUCAUGCGCAACAACCAAAGUUGGCUGAUUUGUCUAGCAGAUUUCCCAUCUCGACGUUUAUGUGGUGGAAACGUUUUUGCUCAGGAUAGCCUGGCGCUUUGUGUCAUGCUGGUCGCGGUCAUGCGGUUUACGGUGCAGGACUACUUGCUCUCCUGGCCGAACCCGCCGACUGCGUUUGUUUUGUCUCUGUCCGCGUUCGUCAUCGUUUUCGUCGGCGCUGUUCUCGGCGCUUUGCUCCCCCAGCUGUUUCUGCACCUGAAGAUCGACCCCGCGUAUGCAAUGCAAAAACAUAAGCAUCGUACUAGUAUAACUUGCAUUACAACUACUUUUUAGCAUUACAAAUGAAAUUUGUCAUGCUGUUUUACCUUAGAAAGGAAAUUUGUCAUGCGUAACUGCAAUUACUCCGAGUGCGAUACUUUUGCAGAGCAUACCGCGCACGCGUCUGCAACGAUUCAGGUGGUCAUGGACAUCGUGUCUCUGUUGUUGGUUUGCUUCAUCUUCUACGCGUUGUUAGGGAUGGAGGAAAGUGUGACUGGCUCCCUCGGGGGAGAAACUGGCAGCGCGGCUGGCUCGUCCGUUGCUCCUGGGCAAGUUCUCUACAACAGGGAGCACGAGCACUCGGAUUACGGCAAGUCGAAAUCCUGGCUGACAGGUAUGGCGUUCUCAAAUGUUACAUUCUCAACUGUUUACAUCGUUUGUCAUGCAAAGCUACCUUCAGAAUCGAGACGACCUAGCCACGUCGCAUGGCAAAUUCUCGAAGUGCCAAACAGGCUGAGAAUCUGUGGGAGAUCUGUCAUGCAAGACGCGCAAGGUCCCCUCACCUCUUUCACUGUUGCCGUUCUUGCAUUGCAAAUCCAUGUAACAGUUGAGGAUGUAACAGUUGAGAACGCCAUAAGAGGCGGUGCGGGGACGGAAACCGGCUCGGUGAUUGCGGAGAUCAAAGAGGAGAAGAAGUUGGAGAACCUGUUGCACAAAGGACGACGGCAUAGUCAUGAUGGGCAUCAUCAUGGACAUCACCAUUCGCAUCAUCAUCACCACCACACUUCUGAUGAAGACAGUAGCAACAGUUUUCUCAAUUUGGUGGAGCAGCAAAAAGUGCAUGAUGAUGAUGUGCAGGAGCGAGCAGCAGCGGUCGUGAAGGACCUGGCGGCAAAGUCGUCUUCUACUACCUCUGCCACCUUGCUACAAGAAACGCAACGAAGUAUGCCGGGGCACCGCGAAGAAGAUACUCAUGAUGAAGGGUCAAGAACACAACUCGUGUGGAAGUGGGCCGAUUCUAUACCGCCGGUGGCGCCAGUGUGAGUCGCAGUUUGUUGAUUAUUCCACUCCGGAAAGUAGAAAAAAGGCUUUUAGCAGAGGUAAUAGAUGAAAACCUGAAUUUGCAAACUUCAAAGAAGUCCCUACUUAGAUCUCGAGAACAAAGAUGUUGCGCUUCACCUUGUCCCUACUAAGGUUUUGUUUUAUUUGUCACGAAAAUAAAAAAAAUGCCUUAUUGAAAAUUUCGUGAAAAUUUACUUUUUUUUUGUACAAUGAAUGCAAAAGCGUCUCCUGAUGAAGAUGUUGACGUAAUGAAGAUUAUUGGCUUUAAUCCUGAAGAAUGAACCAGCAGCAACAACUCUAAAAUCUGCGUGAAGUGCAACACCACGAAGUAG